GCAAACUUUAUAAUCUUUUGUAUAACUAUAUUAGCAAUAAUUUAAUUUAUAUAGUUGAUAAUUUUUGAGGUUAUAAAAUGCAUGCAAGAUGUGGGGUUGUGCAAGAUGUAGGGAUGUCGGUUACAGUAAACAACGUACGUACCGCAUUCACCACAAGUUGAACUCCAAGUUGUUUUGUAUUAUACAUACACAUAUCACCAAGUCUGGCUGUCUACCAACGGACAUAUCAUAACCAUGGCUCCGCAAAGCUCUGAGGAUUGGGUCGUCGAAAUGGCAAAUGGUCGAAUGCCUGAAAGUCUAGCUGAAAUUGAAGAAAUGACCAAGCAAAUGAACAGCAUGGGCUUGAAGGGUGCUUAUAACCCAGCAAAUGUCUAUCCUGGAUCCCCUUUUACUCCCACCUCGAAACCCGAGCCGGAGGAAGUGCGUGAGAAGGCUCGAUCGUCGUCAUAGAAAAUAUUGUCAGACUGGAGCACACCACGAAAAAUUGUGGAGUUGCACGCUAAUACACUGGAAAAGCGUUGGAUCAAAAAGUCAAGGAAGAAACAAAGGGAACUGCUCUUGAAGGCUUGGCCAAACAUGUCUGCUAAUCAUCGCCCUGACCUUGAGGCAUAUCGGGAAGAGUGUACGGAAAGAAUGCUCACAGGACUGUCGAAAUUCCAGGAAGCUUACAAGUGGUCUUACAUUAAUCAGCAAGACCUCAGUAGCAGAUCUCUCAUUAUUUUCAUCAAAAGCCGGGCGCAGCACCCUCCAAGUGCAUUCGCUCGUGCGGAUGUUAAUGCGACGCAUCUUGGCACUGUUACGCACUUCAUUCCCGAGCCAGCUUUUCUUCCAUUUCAUACACUCUUCUUGGAUGGCGAUAAGAUAGAAACACAUGGAAGAUUGGUUUCAUGGGAGGAAGAUGAUGCUGCUGCUGAUCUGAUGUUUACGGAGAGACAGUUCAGCCCUGGUGACGGUCUGAAGGCAUUUGAGCUCCAAGAGAAGAUAUAUCCAUUCCUUAUCAAGUGUUGUGAGCUUAUUCUUCACGACUUUGUCACGUCAGGUGCAUUGCUUGACGGGAAUAUCUCAACUGGUAUUACGCCCGAGCCUCUUGCCACUCCUGAUCUAGCUCCACCUGCAGUAACCGAGAUUCUGCCAUCUCUAGCUACCAUCUCAGCCGAAGCACCAUAUCGCUUACCUGCCAAUAUUAAUUUUGAACGCCGCCGAGAUAUUUUUGCAGCGAGGCUUUCUGCAGCAGAAGAUUAUCUGUUCGAUUUUAGAGAGGACCCUGGGUUUUUGCAGAUACAGUUAUUGACUGGAGCGAGCACCGGAAUGAUGCAUUAUUAGAUACGUACGGCAAACCACAUCCAACUGGACCACACACUCAUGAUUUUUGGGAGCGUGUUGUGAGAAAUGUCAUCGGCGAUGGAUAUACCAACUAUGAAACUUGGUUUCUUCUAUAUCGACAAAGUGCUCUCUUGUGCACAUUGAAGGAGAAAUAUAAAAACGAGAUUUCCUAUGACAAGCAACUUCCCAAAGAGUACAUCAUUGCUCUUUUGAAAUUCAAAGAACAGUAAGAGAUAAGCCGUUGCAAACUAUACAGGACGUCUAUGCUAAUCACACUGCAGCCUCAAGAUAAGUUCUGAAGCACCCAUCCACUAUCUUCAAAAUAUACAAUCAUCCCCGCCAUUCCGACAUCAUUUUACACGUGCUCCACAAGCUCCAGGCACAAUCGAUAUGCAUAUCAUGCCUAAAAAUGAGGAUAGUCCAUUUUUCCACAAACCAUGGGGUCUCCUACUCAUUCUGUGGGAUCGAGAACAGCGAGAUUUAUUCAGAUUGAGUAAUGUCAUAGAUGCAUUCGAACAAUUAAUGCAAGAUCCUGAGGAAAGUAAAAAUAUAUCUUCGUAUAUUGCCGAUCGAUUCUCAGAUCUCGCGAUCCUAUCUCGCGCUCUUUAUGAAGUGGAUAAUUAUCAACCUUGGGCCGCUACUUUCGAUGAUGAAUACAUUGUAAGCAAAUUUCCUACUACUCGUAGGGGUUCCAGUAGUCAGGACUGUAGUCCAACAAUGACGCUUUAUUUUUUUUGCGAAACCAAAUCAGACAUUCAAAUCAUGUUUGGAACAUUUGAGUUUAUAUUGAAAGUUCACAUGAAGUUCGCUAGUUUGGACUAUCGGACACCCUGAAGUCUAUUCCUCAGUUCUUACCAUUAUUCUGUACUGAUGAAAGAUGCAGCACAACCACAAAAACGAGGUCACUAGAACCAUCAUGCAAGAUUUUGUUUUCAACACGAAAUACAUCGGACA